GGUCGCUACUCAAACACCGCUGGCUGCUGUGCUACCACUUCUGAGUGCAUUGUAGUUCAACUUAACAGGAUGGCUCAAGCUUGGCCAAAAGCAAAACCGAAGUUGACGCAGGAGGCUUUCGAUGAAGCCGUGGCGUCAAACAUUGAAGAUUUCGAUAUGCCGCGUGAAGAGGCUAUCAGUAACGCAAUAAAAGAGUUCGAGCUACAAGGAUAUGACCUAAGCGGCGUGGUGACAAACCUGGCAGGGGAAGAGUUGCAAAGCCAUCCCAUUGCUGUGGCCGCUCAAGGCUUACGUGAGGCAUGUGGCGGGGAAGGGUCGCUGCCGGAAGCCCUGGAAGCAUUCGCCGCAAGCCUCCAGGCAUCCACAUCACAACCCUCCGACACCGACACCGGCACCGCCGCGUCCAGUACGACAACCGGUACGACACCCCCACUGGUUCUAAGCCAGGAGCAGUACGUGAUUGCGCACAAGGGGGCCUCCAUGCAGUCACUGCUGGAGGCGUGUCGCCGGCUGCAGAGCCAACCGGACCAGUUGCUAAAGGCGCUGGGGCUGCUGCAGGUGCUGCUGGGCUGGUUGGAGACGCGGGAUGCCUUCACGGAGGCGCAGGGUGUGGAGCUGCUGCACGACCUGCUCCGCAGCGACGCCAGCAGCACGCACGUCAAGGCCGCAGCGGCCGCAGUUGCGGAGGCGGCCGCUCGCGGCGUGGAGGAAACCAAGUGCCGCCUUGUGGAUAGCGGGCUGGUAGCCACCUUACUAGAGCUGCUGCAAGCUCCCGGGACCCCCCCCGCCGCCGCCGCCUCAACUGCCUCAACCGAGGGGUCAGGGGCAGCAGGGACAGGGGCAGAGCAGCCGCCCCAAGAGGCGACAGCAGCAGCGGCAACAGCAGCGGGAGCUGUUCCGUUGGAGUUGGUUGGCGCUGCAUGCGGGGUGCUGCGAGCCGUGACGACUGCGGAUGACGAGCGGCCGCCCGCCAGCAAGGCCUUCAUGCAUGCGCGUGUGCUGGCGAAGAGCCACGGCGCCAUCCGGGUACUGCUGGGGGUGCUGCGGCGGGUGCCGGCGGCGCAGGAGCCGGCGACGGCGUGCCGUGUGCUGGGCACUGUACGGCAGGUUGCAGCCAACGAGGAGAUCUGCCGGGAGUUCACGGACGAUGGCGGCGUGAUGGCGUGCCUGCAAGUGCUCAGCGAGUGUGCGGCCCAGCGAGACGUCUGCCGCGCCUGUCUGGGCGCCCUGCGUCAGCUGGCGCACAGCGACACCGUGAAGCGGCUGCUGGCGGCGGCAGGCGCCGUACCGCUUGCCGUACGCUGCGUGGAUCUGCACGCGGGUGCGGAUGACGUGGCGGAGGGCGCGCUGGGGCUGCUGGGCAAUAUGAUGCUGAGGCAGCCGGAGAUCUGCAGCCAGGCCGCGGAGGCGGGUGUGAUCGACACGGUGGUGGAGGCCAUGCAGCGCCACCCCGCCCGCGCGCCCGUGCAGCGGCAGGCGUGUCUGCUGGUGCGGGUCAUGGCGGCACGCAACCCCGAGCUGCGGCCUCCCUUCCUGGAGCGAGGCGUGGAGGGGCUGCUGCGGGCGGCCAAGGUGGCGCACCCCGCGGCGUGCCGGGAUGUGGGCGCGGCGGCGCUGCGGGAUUUGGGUUUGGAUAACUAUAAUGAUUAG